AUGAAGAGAUUGUUAAAACACCAGUCCACUCGUUCUUCUAACCUUCUGAUGAACGUGAGUCAUCUUAUGGCACAUCAAAGAAGCCAGGACGAGAAAGAGUAUAUGCAAUGAAAACAUUUUUGAAGCAUCAAUUGGAAUUUUAACAUUCAGAUUAAAGGAAUCCUGCCCAGUGGCCAGAUCUCGGCUGAAUAGAUGUCAUCUCAAGCAGGAUUUCAAGGGUUAGGUUAAAAAUAACCAAAGUCAAGCUGGUUUGCGGGCUUUCUCAGCACAUUGGGCCUCUUACUGGAGGAUAACUAUGAAUUCAUACUAAAAAAUUAUUUUAUUCGCACAAUCAUUAUUUACUAAUUACCUCAGUAUGUUGCUGGCAGUAAGAUUCCUAGUCCACUAGUACUGCUGUUAGCCCAUUAUGAUGUUGUCAUUCGGACUGAACGGAGGCCUAGGAACACCAACCUGAGCCAAGUCCGAACACGGUUCUGUCCGGGUUGCACAACUUCUGUACGUGUUGAAGACCCAGACCGAGUUCAAUGUACUCGGUCGACGCCACAUUGCGCCGGAAUCACCUUGGGGAGAAAUCCAGUCUCCCCCAUCAAGUGUAGAUGACUCCAAAGGAUCACCAAAAAAUUAAAGCUCACCUCACCCCAACUCUAAUCUCUUGUUUUUAGGAGUGAUUUUCCAGUCUCCUCUGCGCUCUAGUUCGCGUUCGGGAGCGACUGACUUCAGACGCAUCAAUACCUGCAUUUAGAGAUUGGAGUUGCUUGAUUUACCUAUAGAUCGAAUGGCGCGUCUUCUCAUUCGGUCCAAACCUGCACUAAUGCGACGGAUCCAACAGGAAGAGAAGAGGAGAGCUAGAGAUGGGGUUGCCCUCCGGUCGGCGGAGACGGAGAGCGAGAGCGAGCGCUAGAGGGAGGGAGAGAGAGAGAAGGGUGCAAUUCAGGGAGGGGAGAGAGAGAGAGUGAGUGAGAGUGGAGUGAGUAUGACGUGGGAAGUAGCCUCAAAAUCCGGGCCGGGGAAAACGAGGCCCGAAAAAUCCAAGUAGGACAAGACCGGCCCGGCCCGAUAAGCAUCGAGACCAGCGAGAUCCCGCCGUCAUCUCCCGUCGCCGGCCACCUGGCACAAGGAACCGCCGGGAAACGGCACGAAGAGCUCCGGCAGGUUGCAUCAAACCCCUAAUUUCCCUCGAUCCUUUCCUGUCUCCAUCGCAAUAAGCAGAAGGCGGCGGGUCGGUGCCUGAUGGAUGGCGUGCGCACAAGGAAGCGCCAUCGGCUGUCGUGGGAUGUCGGCCCGCCCGAGACGCAGGUGGUCUGUCUGAACUUCUCUACUGUUCGAUUCAAUGAGAGAAAGAAGUGAGGAAUCCUCUUUGCGACUCUGACUCUCCCACUCCACUUGUUGCUUUUCUUUCUGUUACUUCGAAAGUAGCUGCUUCAGCUUUAGCCACGCGAAUUUUCGAUAUUCCUUUUUAUUUCUCAUCAAAUGAAUGGCAUCUUCUUCUGGAAAUCCUAGCUAUGCUUAUCAUGAUAUUGGGGAAUCUCAUUGCUAUUACUCAAACGAGCAUGAAACGUAUGCUUGCCUAUUCGUCCAUCGGUCAAAUCGGAUAUGUAAUCAUUGGAAUAAUUGUUGAUUCAUGA